CCCAGUUUGGAAAGUGACCGCCCGAAUAUGGAUAGGCGCUAAAUAACGCAAUGCUCGAUGGUGUUCGCCGAGUGCUUGUCAAGAACCGUCAAGUCCUGCGCAGACGAUAAUUGUCACUUAUUCCAGGAUUCUAUGCCUUUUUUUCGUUGUCGAAUACUGAGGAUCCAAGGCUUUGGAGGCGAUGCCAUCCUCAAAUUCAAUGCCCAAAGCUUCCCGAACCUUGUUGUUUUCGGCGGAUGUUCAGAAGUUUCGUCUUCUGGUACGUAAUCAUCCUAGGAUGGAUGUCUUCACCUCAGGCAUCUUUUCCUCUGCAUUCACCGGCACCUUUGUGAGUCGCGUCUGGUUUGUGCACCAGCCUGCACCUAGGUUAUGCAAUCAUGCUCGGGAGAACGCCUCCAAACACCUCGCGACCAAGUCGUAUCACGUCGUUCCAGAGUCCACUCCAGGAUCCUCAGACGUAUACACCACCGUGUACUCGCGGCACCCGCCGCCAUUCCCACUAUCCCCUUGUAUUGUUCGAUGGAUCUCCUCUAUCAUCUCGCCCCGCAGAAGACUUCUUCAGGUCCCAUCCAUCAACUACAGCCACCCCUGAUGUUGUACGAGGGUCUGUAGCGCAUGCGUAUACAUGUUCACCUGCCAGGAUGUUGUCUACAGCAGCUCGCCUUGCCGAUACACACAAUAUGUCAUCUCACAGUGAUUGUAACACAUUUCGAGUCACAGGUACUCGCCCACUAUUCGCUGCCACACCACUGGUCCUAGAGGAUGUGGAAGACUCACAGUUGUUCGAAAACACGCCACCAGUGGUCUUCGGCUCUACCCAUGCAUCGUUUCCUACAAGCUCUAUACCUGUAUGUUCUACUCCUGUUUUGUCCAAGUCGCCUUCCUCACCCUGCUCGUCCCCGACGCCAUCUACUCCCUCACAGUCCACAUCGCUACCAAGUUUUGACUCGCUCUCUUGUCAAGACCUAGUUAGAUUUCAUCGCGAGUCUCUUGCAUCUCGUAUACGCAGCGGCGCCACAUCGCCUCUAUCACGCUCUCAUUCCUAUCGACCUAUGCCUCCCGAUGCGGCUUUCUUUCCAUUUGGUCCUAAACGCCUAGGAGAAAUGGAUAAACAGUUGAACUCCAUCAAUGUAGCCACACCUAGCACUCAACGACUCAGUGAUCCAUUCACUUCGCCAUCUCUAUCUGUUUCUGACGGCUCAUCAUCACCACCCCGGCCAUAUCAAGCACCUAAAUCUGCUCCUCCCAUUUCAACAUCUGAAAGAAAACUCCGCCGUCAGGGUGUUGAUUUCCACUCUCAUGUUAUGUACGCGAAGGAGUUCAAGUUAGAAGAUGCAGCAGAUUUCGAACCGGAUUACGCGUUCAGGCGCAGUUCUGAUCAUAACCCCAGUCAUUCUUGUCCUGAGGUCCUUGCAGAGGACACUCAACAAGACACAGACUUGGACUCUGCGAGUGACUAUUCGUAUGAGGCAGAAGACAUCGACAAUGGUCCUGAAGCGGCAUUCGAUUGUUUGUUGGGCAUUGGCGGGGACGGAAUGGCCGCAUAUAGCAGUGAUAGAACAAGGAGUUCCCGCGAUCUCAAUUCCUCCCCGGGUCUUCCUGAAAGUGAUGUCUUUUCGCAUCCGGUCGCAAAGGAUAAGACUGAGUACCACCAUGUUUCUUCGUCGGGCUCACGAACACGGCCAACCCUCCAAAUCACCCUCCCUGUGAUCCUUGAACCUAGUUUCCCAUCUUCUCCUAUGGAUGGGAACCCCUACGCUUAUCACUGUCAGGAGGAAAAUGAACUGCAAACGCCCCUUUCCCACGAUGGUCUACGAGCCCUGGACACUACCCCUUGGUACGAUGACUUCUCACUGUAUGAAGAGGAUGAACCUCGGUCCGCCUUCGAAUCCGAUUCCGAUAGUUGCAGUAACAACGAGAUAAACAACUCUAACAUUCGGAAUCGCAGUGGACAUCGCAAACAUCCUGGCAAAUUCAAACGAAUCAAGGAUGCACUCAAAGUGUCGGUGUCCAUGCCUAGCAUGAGGGUGAAGGCGAAGAACUUGAAUGGGUCGCGGGAGGUUACUCCAAGUAGUCUUUUGAGCUCAAGCUCGUACUUCGCAUCGGCAUCUUCUCAGAUGCAUACCGAUGCGCAUACAGGCUCCCAAAUCUCUAUUCAAAGCUCAUUCGGUAGUCCCAAUCGGUCUAUCCCAUCCGUGUCUCCGUUCCUCGCAAAUGCGCGUAUUCGCACGUCAAGGACUACGUCGGGUGCAUCGCUCAGCCCCUAUACACCACCUGUCCAGUUGACACCAUUGGCAUGUUCCCCUCCGAUACAACAGGUGGUCUUGGGCGGUGAAUUAGAGCAGGGUGCUUCGUGUAAGACCGACACGGAUAACCAAAUAACUUCUACGCGAUCGAUUCCUAGGCCACUUCCCCUACCAAAGAUCCCACUUCCUCCGCUCCCGUCGAUUUCUACUCUAUCUCAUCUACACACUCUGGGGGGCAUCUCUCCAAGUGCUUCGGAAACUCCUGGGAUCGAAGCUUGUGACGAUAAUUCUAGAGGGACUGUAGCAUUGCAAGCUCAGGAUAGUAGGGUGACCAUAAUAGACCCGGACGAAAGUAUGGUUCUGUUGGAGAAAAGCAUAGCGAAGUUGAAGGCGUACCGACCUACGAUGUCUCAAACGAUGGUAUCCUCGGAUCGGACGAUCGUUCCGCAUGAAGAGCAAAGCUGCAAAAUGGAGGCGGAUUCAAUGCGGCGCAUUGAGGCUUUGGAAGGAAUGGAGAAGCCGACGCUUGACAUUCCACCAUCGACUUUGCAACGACUGGAUUUCUUAAAUUUGUCUACUCCAGAACUUACACCUGCAGAAGAUGUUCCUUCGAGUCGACCCAGCCCUUCACUCGAGUCAGCGACACUGCAAACGGAACGGAAGGACUACCCGCCGACCGAAACCGACGUUCGCCCUCCGUCAUUCUUCAUCCCUCCGUUCGAUUUCGAGAAACACUAUUCUUCAUCCUCGACAAGGGACUCAACUUUGAAUAGCGAGAAACCAAUCGUGGCUCAGCAUAUACGAAAGUCGUCUUCACUUUUCGAUAUCAAUUGCAGUACUAUGUCUGUACGUUCGGAUCGACUUUCCGCCGUCUCAAACACGUCUUCUCAAACAUCCUGCACCUCCUCCGUUUCGGCAUAUUCACCAAUGUCAGACGAAUCAUACUUUCAAUCGUCGUCAUCAUCCGCGGCUACAUCACCGUUGUAUCCAAAGCGAACGUCUAGCCUACGCGCAAAGGACAUCUUCGUUGACACGGAAUCGAUUUCGACCACGAGUGACAAGUCACAGAAAACGACUCCUCGCCCGUUUAUCUACCGGCCUGUGAGGCAGGAGUGUCUGUCGAAGUCGAAACCCACUAGCGAUGUGUAUCUUACAAGACCGACACGAGACCGAGGCCAUUCGCGUGGUAUGCCUCUUUUACCGGAGGAUGAGCAAGCUGUGAUCCAUGUUUCUGUUCAGCGAAAUGAGGAUCAGUGUCAGAAUGUUCGUGAACGACAGUCGAAAAUAAGGAAGUUGUUUGGUAGGGUUGGAAACAAGACCGAGAAAAAUGAAAAGAGCGUGAAGGGUUUACGAGGCAGUUCUUCUAUUCGCAAUUGAUUCAUUCGGGUCGGUUUCUUUCAUUGUUGACUCUCAUUGCAUUUUUUUUUGUUUCCUCAUGGUUUUGUAUCAUCGUCAACACGAUAAUCAUUGGUCUGUAUAUCAUCUAGUAAUUGUAGUAGUAGUACAGCAUUUGAAUUCAGAUGUAGCCGAUAAUGGUAGCGCGAUAGACCAAUAUUGUUCUUCAAGCGACAGGGUCGAAAUACCAUUUUUGAUUGUG